AUGGUAGUUGCAAGGUCAUCAGCCGCCGAUGUGCUACAAUCCUUCGAUCAUUAUAGCAGCACUGAUGAAACUUUCACAUACAACUUCCGACCCAAGUUUCAAAAAUCGACCAAGAACAAUCCCAUGAGUGGAAUCUGCUUGUUUGCGUGGAUUGAAAUACUUUCCAAGAGAUGGCGGCAAAUCGAUUACUUGACGUAUUGGCCACGCGUCUUGAUGAUCUCAUUGUUAAGCAUUUUUAAUUCAUUGUUGGCAAUUGUGGAACAUUUGCUGUUUGAAUCGUCGAUACGUCAGACUACGCCAAACCCUCGACCAGUAUUCAUCCUUGGCCAUCCGCGAACUGGAACAACUUUACUCCACUCAUUAGUGGCAUUGGACGAGGGCCAGUUUGAUGUCUGCACAACUUUCUGUGCUGGUUUUCCUUCUAGCUUCCUUUGGUUUGAGAAAUUUGGGAAACAACUGUUCAAGGGUAUUCUUGAUGAGACUCGCCCAAUGGACAAUGUUGUUCUCGAUUUUGAUCUUCCCCAAGAAGACGAGCUCGCAACAAAUUUGGUAUCUGCUGGAACUUCGCCGUAUAUGCCCCUUUUCUUCAUGCCUCAGGAGGCGCAAUUCCGCCCUUACUACGCUUUUGACGAUCACGCCAGUGGCGAUGAAAAACUCCAACCAGAAGAAAUGGCAAGAGCUCGAAACCGUUGGGUUAACACGUUCUACUACCUCUGCCAAAAGCUUACUUUAAGAUCUUUGAGGACGAAACAAGCAGCUCUUCGGCUAGUAUUGAAAUCACCAGUGCAUACAGCAAGAAUUCCGUUGCUACUUCGAAUCUUCCCUGAUGCUCAGUUCAUUUACAUACAUCGUCAUCCAUACCAUGUGUUCCAAUCUGCUGCCCAUAUGGCUGAUACGACCUAUUGGUACACCUAUUUUAGCACACCCCAACAUGAGGAGAUUCAAGAAUUCAUUUUGAGACAGUAUGAGAUAUUGUGGGAUCGAUAUGAGGAAGGUAGAAAGAUUCUACAGCAGCAAAUGGCCAAGACUGAUGGGGGUGCAAAGCAAUUAGUAGAAAUUGCUUUCGAUGACUUGUCACAGAAGCCUUUCGAGACCAUGGAUAGAAUUUACAAUGAGCUUGGCUGGGAUAUGUCUUCCGAGAUGAAACGCAGCCUCGAGCAGACUGUAUCCGGUGACAUCAAAAGUUACAAGAGAAACAAACACGAAACUCUUGACCCAAAACUACGAGCAACUCUUCAAGAGCGCUGGGGUGCUUCGUUCGAUCGUCUGGGGUAUAAAAGAUAA